AUGCGCCCCAGGACAACGCCGCCGAGGCCGCCUGCGCUCCUGCUACCGCUGCUGCUGCUACUCCUGGCGGCGGUGCCCGCGGCGGGCAAGGGUUGUUUCUGUAAAGGCAAAGGCUGGUGCUUCUGCGACAGGACCAAAGGGGAAAAGGGGGAAAGGGGAUUUCCUGGACCUCCAGGUGCUCCUGGCCAGAAAGGAUUCCCAGGUCCUGAAGGCUUGCCUGGCCCACAGGGACCCAAGGGUUCGCCAGGAUUCCAAGGGCCUACAGGUACCAAAGGUGUCAGGGGAAUUACUGGCUUACCAGGAUUUUCAGGUCCUCCUGGGCUUCCGGGCAUCCCCGGCAAGGCUGGACCAUAUGGACUUCCUGGUUUACCUGGAUGCAAUGGAUCUAAGGGUGAACAAGGUUUUCCAGGACUUCUGGGGACACCAGGCUACCCGGGGAGCCCGGGUCCUAGCGGUCUGAAAGGAGAAAAGGGUGCCCCAGCCGAAGGAAAAGAUAUGGAAAUGGAUGGAGAAGGGGAUCCCGGGCUGCCAGGGAUGCCAGGAUUCGAGGGUUUGACAGGUCCUCCAGGUUUUCCUGGACCCAUAGGCCCGCCUGGCCCUCCAGGUUUCCUCGGCUUUCCAGGAACCAUGGGACCUCCAGGACCUAAGGGUCACAUGGGUGAUAAAGUGAUUGGACCAAAAGGAGAUCGGGGUGUGAAAGGAUUAACAGGACCCCCUGGACCACCAGGAACCGUUAUAGUGACGCUCACUGGCCCAGACAACAGAACGGAACUCAAAGGGGAGAAGGGAGACACAGGAGCAAUGGGAGGAUUCGGACCCCCAGGACCUGCAGGGCCGCCUGGAGAGUCGUAUGGAUCUGAAAAGGGCAUUCCCGGAGAACCUGGUCUGCAGGGAAAAGCUGGAAAAGAUGGCACCCCUGGCUUCCCUGGGACUAAGGGCAUCAAGGGCAUCAGGGGCUUCCCUGGAUUCCCAGGUGAACAUGGCGCUAAGGGAUGGAAAGGGGACCUUGGCCCUCCAGGAUUCCGUGGUCCAACAGAAUAUUAUGACGCAUACCUGCAAAAAGGAGAUGAAGGAAGUCCAGGUCCACCAGGGCCCAAAGGAGCUCGUGGACCUCAAGGUCCCAGUGGUGGCCCUGGAGUCCCGGGAAGCCCUGGAUCAUCAAGACCCGGCAUGAAAGGAAGCACUGGACGACCGGGUGUGAAAGGAAGGAAAGGAGAACAGGGACCCCCAGGAAACAAUACCAUGGGGCCUCCUGGGUCCCCAGGCUUUCCUGGUUCACCAGGCCAGGAAGGACUGCCGGGGCCUGCAGGACCACCAGGUGAUAAUAUCUUUUGCAAGGGCCCUCCUGGACAACGUGGACUUCCUGGCCAUCUGGGGCCUCCAGGAAUCCCAGGACACCACGGACCAAAAGGGGAAUCCGGCCUGAUAUGCACACAGUGUUCUUGGACCCCAGGGUCCCCAGGACCCCCAGGAUUGCCGGGGCUUGAUGGUGUCAAAGGACUUCCAGGGGAACGAGGUGCAGUUGGCUCUAAAGGAAACCCUGGAUCUCCGGGAAUUGCAGGGUCUCCAGGAUUCCCAGGGUUCCCGGGAGCUCAGGGUGACCCUGGAUUGAAAGGGGAAAAAGGAGAAUCAUCUCCACCAGUGGGGCAGAUGGGUGCCCCAGGAGAUCCUGGAGUCAGAGGUCAACCGGGAAGAAAGGGCUCCGAUGGAAUGCCUGGGACUCCCGGAGUGAAAGGACUCCCAGGACCUAAAGGCCAACAGGCCCUGAGUGGUGAGAAGGGGGACCGGGGUCCUCCAGGGAAUCUUGGCACUCCUGGACCCCCGGGACCAGCAGGACCAGCAGGACCACCUGACUCUGGACCCCAAGGACAGCCAGGUUCAAAAGGCGAGCAAGGUGCACCUGGAGCGCCUGGACCUCCAGGAGAAGUCGGUCCAAAAGGAGAACUCACUGUUUCAACAGCAGUCCCAGGCCCCCCAGGACCUGCAGGGUCCCCCGGCCAAUCUGGCCCCCGGGGUCCACCUGGAAUCCCAGGGCCGGUGGGAACAUGUGAACCAGGUCUCCCAGGGCCUGACGGUGAACCAGGGAUUCCAGGAAUUGGAGUUCCUGGCCCCCCUGGACCUAAGGGAGAUCGAGGUUUUCCAGGGGCAAAAGGAGCAGCCGGUAGUCCUGGAGAAAUAGGAAGUCCAGGGAAGCCAGGAAAGCCAGGUCUGCAAGGAGCCAAGGGAGAACCAGGGUUAUCCAUGCCUGGAGAACCAGGAAAACCUGGGUUUCCAGGAGAAAGAGGCAAUUCUGGGGAGAAUGGAGAAAUCGGACUCCCUGGACUUCUAGGUCACCCUGGAAUCCCGGGCAAUCAAGGGUCUGAUGGACCACGAGGAGAUCCAGGAUACCCUGGGCCAGCUGGAGAAAAAGGCCCCCCAGGAAUAUGCAUGGAGGGUCCCAGGGGAACCCAAGGACUUCCAGGCUUAAAUGGAUUAAAAGGAAAACAAGGAAGACAAGGUGAAACAGGUCCCAAAGGAGACCCAGGUAUUCCCGGCUUGGAUAGAUCAGGACUUCCUGGAGAACCUGGCCCUCCAGGAAUACCAGGUCAUCAAGGUGAGAUGGGACCACCUGGUCAAAAAGGAUACCCAGGAAAUUCCGGAUUCCUAGGCCCACCAGGACAAAUGGGAAUGGUUGGAAUGAUGGGCUUUCCUGGAACUAUUGGCUCUCCAGGGCUUCCUGGGAACCCAGGAGACCCAGGACAGAGGGGCAGCCUUGGAAUCCCUGGAGAAAAGGGUGAAAAAGGACCUCCAGGAGUCAAAGGGGAACGAGGAGACAAAGGAGCUCCCGGGUCUUCGAAAGCACCCCACUUACUGGGGGACAAAGGAGAACCAGGCCUCAAAGGGUUUGCAGGAAAUGCGGGCCAGAAAGGAAACCUAGGUAGUCCAGGGUUACCAGGCUUCAAAGGACUUGAAGGCUUACCAGGACCACCAGGACCACCAGGCCCCAGAGGUGACCCAGGCAACACUGGGAUUCCUGGAGAACCAGGACCACGUGGUAUGCCAGGAAGCAUGGGGGACACGGGAAUACCAGGUUCCAAAGGGAAGAGAGGAAGUCUGGGAUUCCCAGGUCUAGCUGGAAGACCAGGCCUCCCAGGCCUUCCUGGUCUCCAAGGAGACAAGGGAGAUCCAGGUUAUUCAGAAGGUGCAAGGCCAGGACCACAGGGACCACAGGGGGAUCCAGGCUUGCCAGGUGACAUUGGAAAGAAAGGAGAAAGAGGGUCACCUGGCCCACCUGGACCUGCGGGACCUCCUGGACCAGAGGGUUUCCCUGGACAUCCUGGAAGUCUUGGCCUCCCAGGAAAGCCAGGUUCUCAAGGUGAUUUCGGGUUUCAAGGCAUCAAAGGCCUCCCUGGAUACCCAGGAGUAAAAGGCCCCCCAGGCCCUCCAGGAUUCCCCGGGCCUCCAGGACCAAUGGGUACAAGAGGUAGUCAAGGGCGUGAUGGAAUUCCUGGUCCAGCUGGAGAAAAAGGAGACUCAGGCUUGCUGGAGGCAAUUCUGGGCCCCAAAGGAAACCCUGGCGUUCAAGGAGCCAAAGGAGACCGGGGAGCCCCAGGCUUGCCUGGCUUUCCUGGCAGGAAAGGGACAGUGGGAGACGUUGGACCGCAAGGACCUGUUGGCAUGAGAGGUCUCCCAGGACCACCCGGGGUUCCAGGUGCAAUCAUCCCUGGCCAAAAAGGAAAUCAGGGUCCACCAGGCUCAAGAGGAAUCCCAGGUGAACCAGGUCCACCUGGACCUCCAGGAAGUCUCAUAGAAGGUGUAAAAGGAGACAAAGGCUUUAUGGGCAAGCCUGGUCCCAGAGGUCCACCUGGCACCAGGGGAGACGCAGGGCCACCAGGACAUCCGGGACCACCAGGCAUCCCCGGUCUCCCAGGGCUCAGAGGUGAUCCAGGGCUCCGUGGAUUUCCCGGCAUGCCAGGAGAGAAGGGCAAUCCAGGAUUUCUGGGACCAAUUGGACCUCCAGGACCAACUGGACCUCCAGGACCACCUGGUAAACGUGGAGACCCUGGCAUGCUUACGAUCAUCUCCCUUCCAGGAAGCCCAGGACCUCCUGGCCAACCUGGAGGACCAGGGAUGCAAGGAGAACCUGGAUCACCAGGGCCACCAGGAAACCCAGGACCCUGCGGGCCACCAGGUGAGCCAGGCAAGGAUGGAAAACCUGGAACUCCAGGACCCGCUGGAGAAGAGGGCCACAAAGGUUCUAAAGGAGAAAAAGGACCACCUGGAUCCGAUGGGGCGCCAGGUUUAAAGGGGAGACAGGGAGACGUUGGAUCGCCUGCAACUAGAACAGCAAUGAGAGGCUUUAUCUUCACUCGACACAGCCAAACAACAGCUGUCCCUUCGUGUCCAGAAGGGACAGAGCCACUCUACAGUGGUUUUUCUUUCCUUUUCGUACAAGGAAAUGAGCACGCCCAUGGACAAGACCUUGGAACUCUGGGCAGCUGCCUGCAGCGCUUUACCACCAUGCCGUUCUUAUUCUGUAACAUCCACAAUGUGUGCAAUUUUGCGUCUCGAAACGACUAUUCAUACUGGCUGUCAACGCCAGCCCUGAUGCCGGAGGACAUGGCUCCAAUCACUGGCAGGGCCCUAGAGCCUUACAUCAGCAGAUGCACUGUCUGCGAAGGGCCUGCGGUCACCAUAGCCAUUCACAGCCAGACCACCGACAUUCCCCCGUGUCCCGCGGGCUGGAUUCCUCUCUGGAAAGGAUUUUCUUUUAUAAUGUUCAGAAGUGCAGGUUCGGAGGGUGCUGGACAAGCACUGGCCUCCCCUGGCUCCUGCCUGGAAGAAUUCCGAGCCAGUCCCUUUAUAGAAUGUCAUGGAAGAGGAACCUGUAGCUUCUAUUCAAAUUCCUACAGUUUCUGGCUGGCUUCUUUAAACCCAGAGAGAAUGUUCAGAAAACCUAUUCCAUCAACGGUGAAGGCUGGGGAGUUAGAGAAGAUAAUAAGCCGAUGCCAGGUGUGCAUGAAGACAAGACAUUGA